AUGCUCCACAUAUCCCAGAAGGUUGGUGUCGAGUAUUUAUUUUUAACAUACUACUUAGACGUUUGUUCGUUAUACCUCCCACAAGAACAUUUUUAUACAGGUCUCUUGCCAGAUGAUCCAAAUGGAAAAAAUAUUGAAAAGUUACAAGCCAAAGAAAUUGACGACUUUGUGUUUAAACUAAAGCAAAAUGAAUUAAGCAGGAAUUUUAUAAGAAGUGGAACAAAAACAAGCCUGCACUAUGCCGCUUAUUGGGGCUCACAGACAUGUGUACAAACAUUGAUACUACAAGGUUCUGAUCUUACUGCUCGUGAUGAAUAUGGUCUGACACCAGUUAUGUGGGCUUGUGAAUCGGAUCGAUUGGCAAACCUUAUAAUCUUGUUAAAAGCAGCUAAAAUUCGUAGUAUUCCAGAGAAACAAUGGAUUUAUGAUAGUAGUGGUUAUCAUUUGAUACAUCAUACUUUAUUAAAAGAUGAUCAUUUAAAAUGUUUAGAAUAUUUAUCACAUAGUGAGUAUGGAUCAAAAGUAGAUUUUGAAGGUCAAAAUAUACUUCAUCAUGCUGCAAUGAAAGGUAA